AUGGCCUCGCCGCGCGCCUCGCGGUGGCCGCCACCGCUCUUGCUGCUGUUGCUGCCGCUCCUGCUGCUGCUGCUGCCGCCGCCGGCCGCCCCCAGGACACGGGGCCAGCCUCCCUCUCCGGCCCGCCCAGCGCUCCUGUCCAGCGUGGGGCCGGCGCGGCCCCCUGACCGCGGCCCGCAGCGCGAGUUGCAGCCGCCGCCGCCCCAGAAGCGCCGCGAGCCCGCGCCCCUCGGCCCCAGCCACAUUGCCCCCGCGCCGGGCGCCGCGACACGGCGGAGACUCUCCGGCUGGGCCCCCGGAGUCGGGAGCGCGGCUGCUGAAAGYAACCACUGGCCAGAAAGUAAGACUGAACCCCACAUAGAAAAUACCGUCUUUUAUCAGAAUCAAGCGGACUUUUCAACAGUGGACUCCAAAGAGGGCAUGAUGGUUCAGACCUCCGGAAUGAGCCAUGCAUUUUCAGAGGCUCCAGAAAAUCGUACUUUCCUAGUUGAAAUGGCAACUGCUGAAGGAAGAAAYGAGUCUUCAAGUAGAACAAACUUCACUCAAAUUUCACCUGAAAUUGCAACAACUCUUACAUCCCAGGGCAGCACCUUAAGCUUGGAACGGCUUCAGCUUCCAUCCAGCAGUUCAGGGUCAGAAGGAAGAACAGCCCCUUCUCAAACAGAGAGUGGAACACCCCAGGUCUCCCUGGAGAAGGGGACGGGGAUGCCAGAAGAAGCAUCUGUACACACCCAAAUGGCUGGCACUUCAGAUUCAAGCUGGUCUUCCUUUGCGUUGGAGCCAGGAGAACCCACUAUGCUGUCGAGGAAAAGAAAUUCCUUAGGAUCAGAGCUCUCCGUCCUGCAUUCCUCCAAGACAACUGCUUACCCUCCUUCCUCAGACCAUUCCUCAGCUUCUGGGAAUAUAAAGGAACUGAACAACUCUAUUGCUCUCCAAAGUCCACUGGUCAACCAGACAAAGAGUACACAUGUUGCCACCACAUUCACUGACAGUGUCUCAAGGAUUCUYAGGUCUUUGACUGUCAGUCUGGAACCUAUAAACAAGACAGAGAGUUUCCCUAAGGACUCCAAAAUUGCCACAACUUCAGUUUCAGUCCCUUCCUCACCCUCUACAGUAGAAUCAAGAAGUAACAGUAGAGUAACCAAGAAUCCAGGAGAUGGAGAAUUCAUUGAGCCAUCUACAGAAAAUGAAUUUGGUGUUACAUCUUUACAUUGGCAAAAUGAUUCCACAACCUUUAGAGGACAUCAGCUUGCCAGCAGCUCUCAAGUGAAAAAUGGAAGUUUCAGGCUUCAGACUGAGACUGUGUCUAGGUCAGUUCCCUCCAUUAGAUACGAAGAGAGCACAGCACACUGGUCCUUGACCAACAGCAAGACAUUCGMAGAUGUGACAGGAAGCUCUGCUUCACAUCCUGAAGUUUUGAACUCUUCAGUUUUGACCCAAGCUUCAGAUUCUGCUCAACAGUCCAGAAGAGGUACCACAGUGUCAGAUGAGAGAAGUUAUUCAGAGUCUUCGUUUAUAUCUUCCUCAGAAAUCCUAGAUUCUUCAACGCUACAUGGAGAAAAUUCAACCCGGGAACACAGCGUGGCGCGGGCCUACAGUUCCGCUGCAGAGGGGAGCACUUCCGGGGCUCACUCCCGCAGCGGGCACACCUGGGCUGCUCUCACCGGAAGUGGGGAGCGCACUCUGCGGUCACUCAGCUUCGCCCCUGCCGGCGCCACCUCUGCGGAAAUGGGGAGUUCUGCGGGCGCCACUCAACGCGGGAACGUGACAGAGCGGGCGGGCUUGCUCUCAAGGUCGCCCGCCUCUGAGCCUACACUUGGAGUUACUGGACUUAGCUAUGGUCAAGUGAGUGGCACAGAUACUGAACAAAAGACUUCUAGUGACCACACAGACCACACCUAUGUUUCAUCUACUUUCACCAAAGGAGAACGGGCAUUAYUGUCCAUUACAGAUAAUGGUUCAUCCUCGGAUAUCAGUGAAAGCUCAACCUCUUAUAUUAAGAUCUCAGACUCUCCAUAUUCAGACUAUUCUUCCUCUUCUCAUCAAUCUGAAAGAAGAAACAUCUCAUCCUAUGAUGGGGAAUAUGUCCAGCCGUCCACUGAGUCACUGGCUCUGCAUACAUCCAGCCUUCCAUCCUACACUUCUACCAUUAAUAUACCAAAAACUUCAGUUUUUGUGGAUGCCAGGACUGGGUCUGUUGGUGACUCAUCUUCUGCUUUGGGCCCCCAUUUGCCUCUGCCCUCAGUGUCACAAUCCCACCAGUUAUUCUCAUCAAGUUUACCAUCAACCAAGGCCUCUGCUUAUCAGCUGAAGUCUACCUCUGAGACAUCUACACCUUUGUCUUCCUCACCAUCACCUUUACCAGUGUCCUUAACAGCUUCUUCUCCUGCCCCACUUUCUGUCUCACAAACAGACUUACUACAUUCAUCUACCCCAGUCCUGCCCAGGGCAAGAGAGAUGCCUAAGACUUCAGUUCAGACAUCAACAAUGGCAUCAUCCAUGAUAAUUCUCCAUAGUAGUAACACAGCAGAUCCCAAGAAUCAGACCAUCCCACAACAAAAGAAAAUCAUUACAGAAGCAAAGUCACCAAGCCUGGUGUCUCUGCCCACAGUAUACACCAAAGUUGUAACAGUGAGUGCUCCUUCAGGGGACCCUUUGCCCCCAGCCUUAACUGAGUCCUUCACUAAGCCAKCCCUUCCAGCCAUGAGCACCAGCUUAACCCAAAUGUCUCCAACUUUGACAGCUACCACUCUGAAGACCUCUCACUCUUCUGUGACCAAUCCCAGCACCUUGUYAAGUACAGAAGUUCUGAUUACUGACCCCAUAUCUGGACACACUACAGCUGGAAAACAGCUCUUCCCAACCAAUCCUGAAAUUCUGGUGCCACAAAUCUCAACAGAAGGUGCCAUUACCACAGAAAAGAACCAUGUGCAUAUUGAUGUUACCACCCACUUAAUCUCUCUGACCAGUGUACCAACAUCAACAAAAGAAUUGACCACAAGGCUUGGUAUCACAGAAGAGUACAGCUCACCUUCACAUUUCCUCAGAACUUYUCCUCCUUCCCAAACCACAGAUGUUUCUACAGCUGAAGUGUUAACUCCUAAACCUACCACCUUUGCUACUCAGAGUAGCACACAGUCCUCAAUGGCAUUGUCACCUCCAACAUCAGUCAACAGCUGUGCCGUGAACCCUUGUCUUCAUGAUGGCAAAUGCAUUGUGGACCUCACCAGCAAUGGCUAUCGAUGUGUGUGUUCAUCUUCCUGGCAAGGAGAUAACUGCAGUGUGGAUGUGAAUGAAUGCCUGUCAAAUCCCUGCCCACCUCUGGCCACAUGUAAUAAUACUCAGGGAUCUUUUACCUGCAAAUGCCCAGUUGGGUACCAGUUGGAAAAAGGAAUAUGUAAUUUGGUUAGAACCUUCGUGACAGAGUUUAAAUUAAAGAAAACAUUUCUUAAUACUACCAUGGAAAAACAUUCAGAMCUACAUGAAGUUGAAAAUGAGAUCACCAAAACAUUAAAUGUGUGUUUUUCAACGUUACCUGGUUAUAUCCGAUCCACAGUUCAUGCAUCUAGGGAAUCCAGUGCAGUGGUGAUCUCACUGCAAACCACCUUUUCCCUGACUUCCAAUGUGACGCUGUUUGACUUGGCCGACGGGAUCCAGAAAUGUGUCAACUCCUGCAGGUCCUCUGCUGAGGUUUGCCAGCUCUUGGGAUCUCAGAGGCGGAUCUUUAGAGCSGGCAGCUUGUGCAAACGGAAGAGUCCAGAAUGUGACAAAGAGACCUCCAUCUGUACUGAUCUGGAUGGUGUUGCAYUAUGCCAGUGCAAGUCAGGCUAUUUUCAGUUCAACAAGAUGGAUCACUCCUGCCGAGCAUGUGAGGAUGGAUAUAGGCUUGAAAAUGAAACCUGUAUGAGUUGCCCGUUCGGCCUCGGGGGUCUCAACUGUGGAAACCCCUAUCAGCUUAUCACUGUGGUGAUUGCAGCAGCAGGAGGUGGGCUUCUGCUUAUCCUAGGCAUUGCACUGAUUGUUACCUGCUGCAGAAAGAAUAAAAAUGAUAUAAGCAAACUUAUCUUCAAAAGUGGGGAUUUCCAAAUGUCCCCAUAUGCUGAGUACCCUAAAAACCCUCGAUCACAAGAAUGGGGCCGAGAAGCUAUUGAAAUGCAUGAGAAUGGAAGCACCAAAAACCUCCUCCAGAUGACAGAUGUGUAUUACUCGCCUACAAGUGUGAGAAAUCCUGAACUUGAACGAAAUGGACUGUACCCUGCCUACACUGGAUUGCCUGGAUCACGGCAUUCUUGCAUUUUCCCUGGACAGUAUAACCCAUCUUUCAUUAGUGAUGAAAGCAGGAGAAGAGACUACUUUUGAGUCCAGGAAAGAAAGGGGCCCAUCACUCUGAACUAGUUUCCCAGGACUUCUGUGGCUCAGAGGAUACUCUGGCUGCUCUCAGGACUUAUCAGAGCCAUGCUUAAGUGGCAAGCAGAAAAGAGACAGGCACAAGGGGCAUGACCACAAUGGAAGGGGACAGAUGGAUGUGGAACUGCAGACUGCUUGUUCAGCACCUUUGUUGUUACUGUGAACAUGAACAUGGGCCAGUACCAAGAGAGUUUCUGAGUGACUACAACAUAGCACUGGCAGUAGGGGCAAUCAUUAACCAUAGCUAGGUAUCAUUGUGAGGACCCAAUUUUCCCUUAGUUUGCACUUUAGUAAAUUGGGCAGGGAGGUUUCCUGGAUUUGUUUCAAGAUGGUUCAGGAAAGAAGGUUUCCUUUCCUGAGACACUUCCAUAGGCCCCAAUUUGGUGAUUAAUUUGUAGCUAGAUGCUAGCUCUAUGUUUUCCUGCUCCGUGCCUAUGUGCUAAACAAUAGCUGGGGAUAAACAUACCACUAAGGUUUGAAGAUGCUAAAGUUGAAUGUACAGUAUUUUAAGAUUUCCAUGUCGUUGUAUACUAUGGUUUCUAAAUCAACCUCCCAAAAUCAGGAAUUGACAUUUGUGAGGCACAACACACAACUUCCAUUUGUAUUUCAAGGCAAGGUGGCACAUUUAUUUAAGAUGUCCACUCAACUUUGGCAGUUAAAUCUCACCUUUUCAAGCAAGUCUGCAUCAGGCCAAAACAAUUUAUACUUGGUUUUAGUUGGAGACAUCCACUGGCCCCUAAUGAGGCCCAGCAGGCAGAAUUGGGAGUUUACGCUAUAGGCAGUGGGGYACUUUCCAUCCCUGAGGACUUUUCAUGAGGUCUGGGACUCUGACCACCAUUGUGGAGACCAGAGGCUACAAAGGAUGGGAUGGAAAUGGAGAGUUGAAUGCUGGUAGGGUCUUAGCUGUUAUUUCACCAGUAAAGGAAAAGCAGUGUGCUGUCCCUGCAGCAGAAUGUGGUUAGAGGAAGGAGCUGAAUAGGCAUGUUGGUUUCCUAGAUYGCCAGUGUUUGGGAAGCCAUGGGAAUUCCUGUGGGAAGAAUAGGAACCUAGGAUGGAGCCUCAGAUAAGUGUGCUAACCUGCUAAUCUUUAUAUCCAUAUCCUUAUCCACAAACUCACUAUAAACCUCAGCCACUCAGAGCUAUUUAUUCAUUGAAGAACUAACUUAUUUUCUCAAAUCCAAUCAUUUGUACCUCUUUAUGUGACUGUGCAGUAUCCCCUGGAAACACAGUUGUAGUUCAAAGCAGCAUUGGAGAACUACAUCCUGGCAGGUUAGUGAUCUGAGAGUUUGCUUUUGGGAAGGAGAUUCUACAUGUCUUAUUUAUCGUGCCUGUGAUAUGGGUCCUGCAAAGGAGGCAUAUUCAGCACUCAGUGUCUCAUUUAUCUGCUUAUGGAACACCUGAUUUUGGAUGAAGUGAUGGGAACACAGAGGUAAAAGAAUUGUUCUCACCCUGAAGCUGGGAGUUAAAUGGCACGCAUUUCUGGAAAUGGUACAACUGUUGGGACAAUUCUGCCCUGGGCAUGGUUGUUUCUUCAGGGCUCUCUGAUUUCUUCAAAGCACAUUCAGUUCUCUCCCUAAGUGUGGAGUCUUAUGUCCCUUGGUCUCUGCAACUCACCAUCACCUGCUAUAGCAGGAAUACUUGAAAGGGGCAAUGAAUUUUAACGGUUAAAUUGCACCUAUAAAUAUAAAAAUAAUUCUGUUAUCAAUGGAUGUUAACUUAAAAUUUCAAAGUAUCACCGUCUUGAAACUUUGGGUCUUGUAUCUCUGUGGAACCAAAUGGCCUUUUGUGCCUCACUGCCUCCUAUCCAACUGGAGAGCUCCGAGCUCCUGCACUCAGCUCACCUGAGCCAACAGACUUGGAUCCCUUGUGAGGUGGACUUGCUCCACCUCUUAUGCAGCAUCCCUGUUAUUCCCUAGGCCCCACAGCUAUGGGAGGAGCCACCAUAGAAGCUCUUUCCUGACAUGUAUUUCUGCUGCCUUGAGCUGAUGUCACAGCUGGCAAAUCAUCUCCUAUCUCAGGGUCAGAAGCCUUAAGUCCCACAAAAUGAAGUGUUUAAAGAGCAUUUUUGGGAAGAAUCCCAAAGUCCAGAAAAGUGUGUCCUUUGAGUUCCAAAAGUUGUUUGCCUCUUCGUGGCUUUUGUCAAGUGUUGAGUGUUUCAUUGAUUAAGGGUGUUUUGUUGUUGUUGUUGUUAACUGUGAAAAAAAGCACCAAACAAGGUUGAGUUCACACCAUCUCUACAAUUUCCAGGAGGUAUGGGAUGUAGAAAGCAUCCUGAGGUUUAAGAAAGCAUGAAAAGGAGCAUGYAUGUUGUCCAGUGCUAACAACAUCCUGGAUGAGGAAGCCAGGGACUGGGUCUACUCCUGUUGAGAUUAAUACCUCUCUUGUGCCAAGAGAAAAUAACUGGUAUGGUGUUAGCCGCCCAUGGACAGAACAGGUCUGGGUGUGUGUACACCUGACAUGGGGAUCUCAAUCAGGGAGCAAGAGCUUAGCAUCAGCCCUCACACCUGGGAUGCACUAUUCAUGUGCAYAACAAUGUCAUGGUUCCGCAUUGUAACCCCACAGCUAAGGGAAAGUGGGAGGAAGGGAAAAGUGACACUGACUGCCCUCAAAAUGCUUCUGUAGGGAAGAGUCAGGCCAGGUGGGACCUGUGUGUCCUGGAAUAUGAUAGAGCAUGACUUAGGGAGGGGUUGACUUCCUGGGUUCCCAGUAUCCACUCUGGGUUUUGUUUAGGCUCCUAAAAGUCCUAUUUCCAUUUUUUCCCCUGUUUGCUCCAUGAACUAUUUCUUUAGGAGGAUAAAUAACAUCUUUCAUGUUCCUGCCAUGACCAGGCUCCAUAYAGGGUACUUGGCUUCACAGCAUCCUUGUUAGUUGACCAUGAGAGCAUUUAUUUCCUCUAUAUAGAAACCUUCAGAGAGGACAAUUCUGUAGAGGCAGAAUUCAAGUCCUAGUCAGCCUGACUCACCCUGUUGUUCUUUCCACUAGGUCUCCCUGCCUCACCUUCCUGGCAGGCAUCUCACCAUGCRGUGUACUUUAAAUGUCAAUGAGGACAAGAGAGAUUAGACUUAAAAAUAAAUUAUUUUUAGAGAAGCUUAAUAUUAAACAGUAUCCUAACUAAUGACAUAAAGUGCAAAAAAGUGUUGAAUAUCCUUUUGAAGAUGUCCUUUCAGGUUGGUGUGUGUAUAUAUAUAUAUAUAUCUUGGGUGCUUGUGGUCUCAUUAAGAAAAUAGUGGCUGGCUUAUGCUUGGCAAGAAGCAUAUUGGUAUGUGUCUUUGGCAGAAGGAAGUUAAGGUGAUGAUCUGGGUAGGUUUUUGACAAGCACGGCCAGACACACUUCCUUUGGAGGGCUGUCUUGUUCCCAUAGUAAGACCCACCAUGGCUCCCAAAUAUUGGGAGAAUAUKUUUUGUGAAUCAUCAUCAGCUUUGGGAACAUAGUUUAAAUGCUGAUAAACCUUGCUCCUUUAAGGGAAAGGUAAUUUUCAGAAGCAGAUAAGUUAUUUAGAGCCAGAAUUGCUGACUGGAUGGUGCAGUCAAACUGGAUGAUGGUAGUUAAGAAGAUCAAAAAGUAAGAUGUGACUAUUGAGUUUUGGAAGAGGUAACUCUUAGAAGUUGGCCCAUAGGAGAGGGCAGCAUCUUUGCAAUAAGGGGCUGGAUUGCUACCCAAAAAUGUCUGUGAAAGAUAAUAGCUGUUCAGAUGUGAAAGUUGUAGAGCAGUCAUGUUUAGGGUGCCCCCUUCCUCACACAAGGCUUCAUAUGCUUCGUUAAGCUACUUUGCCCACUGGUAAAGUGCUCAGGUGCACUUCAACUCAUUGACUUUGCCUGAAGAAGUAGAUCUGUAUAGUGAACCCAAAAUUAGACUUUGAUCCAUAGUUCUAAAAUAAACUUUGACUUUGGGACUAGAAGACCUGAGCACUUCUUUGGAGAGAAGAAGAAAGCAAAAUUAGUAUUUCAGUAUUUUGUAUCUUAUUAAAACUGCUCUUAAUAUCAGAGAUUAUUUUUUCUAUCUGAAAGCUUUUGUGGAGGUAGGAAGGGGCAUUUCAUUUCAUUUCUUCUUGAUGAAGCAUCAUUCUAAGAUUCUUGUGUGCRUUUUUGGAAACAAAUAGGGUUUUAUAGA